CAUCCGCCCCCCUUUUUGCCUUCCCGUCCGAUCCAGCGGAAGGCAAAGCUGCCACCCUUCAGUUUUACUUGUUUUUCAAGCGAUAAGGCCAGGAGGAGGAGAAGCCAGUAGCACAGCUUGUUUUGGGUCCCCAUCACGUGGGCUGCUGCCGGAACAGCAGCAGCGGCAGUCAACUAGCCUCCCAACAGCUGCGGUAUGAGGAAGUCAGGGAGAGGCGCCCUCGCCUCGCUGGUCUCCUGAUCCCGAGAGCAGCGAGGGUGGAGAAGCCGAGGACGUUGGCGGCGUUCGUCGGCAGCAAGUCAAGUCACCGUGUGAGGGCGAGUGAGCGAGCAACUGACCGAGCUGGCGGCUUCAAGAGCAGCAGCAGAUCUGGGGUUCCCGAUGAAGGAGGAGGAGGAAGAGGUUGUUGCAGUUCGCGACGAGUGGCAAGGGGUUGCCCAGAAGAGAAAGGCCUGGGCUAAAAGCAGGGACUCGUGGCAAGCCUCGGAGGCCGAGCGGCUCUCUCCAGAGGCAGCUGACCUGGCACCGGAGCAGGAGACCGCCGGUGGAAAGUUGCCCUUGACUGCGGAAGGAGGCACUAUUCCAAAUGAAAAGAUUGCAAUAUGGCUUAAAGACUGUAGAACGCCAUUGGGAGCCUCCCUAGAUGAGCAGAGCAACCCAGCUGUAAAGGGCAUGCUAGUGAGAAAUGGAGGAAGCUUUGAAGAUGAUUUAUCCCUGGGAGCAGAAGCUAAUCAGCUGCAUCAAAGCAGCGAACAAAUGGAAAUCUGUAAUGGCAUGUUGGCGAAGGACAAGAGACUUCAGUUUCAUCAGAAGGGGAGAAGUAUGAAUUCCACUGGCUCGGGAAAAAGCAGUGCAACUGUUUCAAGUGUAUCUGAACUACUGGAACUAUAUGAGGAGGAUCCUGAAGAGGUCCUCUACAAUCUUGGAUUUGGCCGUGAUGAACCAGAUAUUGCUUCUAAAAUCCCAUCGAGAUUUUUUAAUUCAUCAUCUUUUGCCAGGGGGAUAGAUAUCAAAGUGUUUCUGAAUGCCCAGUUACAGCGCAUGGAAGUGGAAAAUCCUAAUUUUGCUUUGACCAGUCGCUUUCGUCAAAUUGAAGUGCUCACUACUGUGGCCAAUGCAUUCUCUUCCUUGUACUCCCAAGUUUCUGGCACUCCACUGCAGAAAAUUGGGAGCAUUAAUUCAACGGCUUCCAGCAAAGAGGCAUCCAGCCCUCCUCCUCUGACACGGAGCAACACUGCGAGUCGCUUUAUCAAGACCCUGUCUAAACUCAAUCUUUAUGGGAACCCACUGGCAGGGGAAGGGGGCAGCAGUGCAGCAGCCUUGCCGGCUGAGAAGGGGAAAACUGAAAAUGGGACUGAAGAAGCUGAGGUUAAAAACGAGCCCAAAACUCCAAAACACUUCAAAGCUUCUCCGCUGGCUACAGUGAAAGAGGAGACACCAAGCAAUCAGCCCACUGUUGUGGAGGGUCUCAGUGCUUCAGAACUUUCUGCUGGCGAGGACGACUCUGUGUCUCCUGAAGAUGAGCAAAAUAAGGACUCUCUUGGUCACUCAGAUGGACGACAUGAAAAAGCUGCUGUUACGAACUCUGGUCUAGAAAGUGAUAUGUUAGAAUUGGCUGGCUGUGAGCUCGAAGGUAACACUGAGCUGCAAACUCCUUCUCCAGCAUCGGAUAAAGAGCUCUGCGUUCCAAUACCCAAUCCAUCCAUUGUCAAUCUCAUGUUGCAGCAGAAGGACUCCUUUGAGAUGGAAGAGAUUCAAAGCACAGAGGGGGAGAUUCCACAUGCUCUUAACACGAGCCAGCUGGCUUUAACCAAAACUAGAAAAGACCAACUAUUGCGAUCAGCAAGUCAGCAUUCCGACAGCAGUGGCUUUGCAGAGGAUUCUUCCACCGACUGCUUCUUGCUAAAUCAGCUGCAGGGACACGAAUCAUUGCAGGCCAUGGGAAGCAGUGCUGACAGUUGCGACAGUGAGACAACAGUGACAUCUUACAGUGAAGAACCCAAAACACCAAUAGCUGAACAGUCCUAUUUUAAUGAAUUUGAUGAGGAGAAAUUCCUCCUCACGGAAGUGGAGCAACAGAAGGAGGCAGCAGUUUCUGAGACCGCCAGAGAAGGACAGAAAAUUCUAGAAUACAAAGCUGGGCAAAGUGGAGAUGCUAUGGCAUUUGGCCAAGGAGAUUAUAUUAGGGGAAAAAAAGAAGCUUCUGCACAGGAGGCAGAGUCUGAAGUGUUGGAGGAAGAAAGUGAAGAGAGUGAUGAAGAUAAAAGCAGUGAGUGUGAAUUUCCUGAGUAUAAAACACACCACAUUCUUAAAUCGGUGUCCUCUAUAGAAAGCAGUAGUUCAUCUCCUUCAUCUGUUGAGCGGGUUAGCAUUGCUUUGCAAAGAGCCCAAAGGAAGGUCAGUGGUUCAUCUGAUUCCAGAACUAGCCGCUCUUUGCUCAAGUCAAAAGACUUUCUUCUCAAGCAAAGGCAUCGAAUUGGUGACCUGGACUUUCCUCUGAGGCGGUCCCAGUCCCUCCCCACCACACUACUAAACCCAGUGAGAGUUGUCUCCUCUGUAAAUGUCCAGCUAGCUCCGGGAAAGCAAAUUUUAUGUAGCCCACCCUCUUUUACUUACAAAUACGACACGCCUGAAGAGGAUGGAAAGGUGGAGAAUGUAGAAGAGAAACCCUCUGAGGAGGGCGACAACAGUCCUCCCAGGUGUAAAUCCACACUUUUCAUUGCACCUUCAUCCAUUAAGAAAGAAGCUUCCCAGCCUGAAUUGAACAAGGUGGUGGAUGAACCAUGUCGGAACAGAAUACAGAGCUGUCCUUUGCAUCUCCCGGCUCAUAUGUCUCAGUCAUCAUGUUCACUGCAUUCGCUACAUUCUGAUUUUCAAGAGAGGCCCUUCUGCACGCAUAUGAGAACAUGUAGUACCCAUAGCAUCCCGAGCACCCCUGGGUCGUCCUGCAGCAGUUUGCCUUCCCCAUUUGGCUGCCUUUACUCACUGAGGCAUGUUGGGCACCCCCACCAGGUUCAUUCCAUAAAUCCACCCUCCACUGUUGAAAUGCAGCUGAGGAGGGUCUUGCAUGACAUUAGAAGCUCUCUGCAAAACCUUUCGCAGAAUGCUGUUACGAGAAGUCCUGACAUUACUACAGCCUCUUACAAUACUCAGAGAUCAUCCAUUCUACCUCUCUAUGAAAAUACCUUCCAAGACCUUCAGGUAGUGAGAAGGAACCUAAACCUGUUUAGAACACAAAUGAUGGACUUAGAACUGGCCAUGCUGCGCCAGCAGACAACUGUUUAUCAGCACAUGACAGAAGAAGAGAGAUAUGAAGCUGAUCAGCUCCAGACCCUGAGGAAAUCUGUCCGCAUGGAGCUUCAGGAUUUAGAAAUGCAGUUAGAGGAACGUCUUCUUGCUCUUGAAGAGCAGCUUAGGAGUAUGCAUGUAUCUUCACCUUUCAGACAACAAAUGCACAUGGGUAUGUAUGGAAGCAGAAGCACUGAUAACUUGUCGUGCCCUUCUCCGCUGAAUGUGAUGGAGCCAGUCUCUGAACUCAUCCGAGAACAGUCAUUUCUGAAGUCUGAGCUGAGGUUGGGUCUGGGAGAACUUGGAAUGGAGAUUCCUCUGGCAGAUGGUUCAGAAUCUACAUUCGAUCAUGGACAUUCUGAUUCCUCUUCAGUAUGUUCUAGCCAAGCUAGUAGAAGAGAUGGUGCAUCUGAGAUGAUGGGGAAGUCCAAGUCCCAAAGCAAGACAGUCUACAGAGCGUGUGUGGCCUUGAUGCCUUCUCCACCAGCAAGAUCAGGAACAGGGCAGCCCCUUGACUCCUCAGAGGGGCAUGCAACAUCCAAAUCGGAGGUGGAGCAGAAACUUGAAAAGAUGUCUCUUGCACCUACGGUUGAAGAAAUUCACAGAAGUGUAGAGAAUGAUGAACUGAAGCAAGUCAUACGAGAGAUCAAAGAAUCUAUUGUUGGUGAAAUCAGACGGGAAAUUGUGAAUGGGCUGUUAGCAGCUGUCUCUUCCCCUAGCAGAUCUGCUAAUGCUAAGCAAGAAACACAACCGUAAAUUGGUACUACAGCUUGGCAUGUGGUCUAGGGACCCUGUGGACGUCUCCUUUUGAAAUGAUAAAUGAAAGCAUCUGUCUGCAGUCGAGAGGACAGAAGUGAACGCUACUGUAUACAGUCCUUAGUUGUAUGCUGCAUAAUUUCCUACUUCAGCUCACUGUGCCAUAAUUGGGACACACUCUACAUCUUACUACUGCUCAUGAACUAUCAAGAGAACUAUGGCUAUCUUGCAACUCUUAAUAUUUAUUUGUAUGUUCCUACUGUUCAUUUGUGCAUAGUAUUUUAUUAAUAUUAUAAGUAUUUCUGUGUAGAGGUGUUCCUCCUAAGACUUGAAGAUUUCUGAACCUCCCAGUUAUAAAUGGUCUAGGAUUGUUUUUAUUUUUUUUUAAAAAACCCACUGACCUCUGUGAGGUAUUUAACUGUGCAAUAACUGAUUCACUCUGAGAGCUUGAAACAACCAAUAACUAUUUUCACUGCUGUUACCGAGUGCCACUUCAAAAGAGGAGAAUAACCUGUUAAAAAAAAAAAACUCUUGGGAGAAACUGUUGUUUGCAAAGAGUUUAGAGAAUUAAAUGAAUUCAUGUAAAACUACUAAAGAUGCUUACACUGAAAGCCUUAUCUUUGAGCAGUAGACACCUUUUUAAAAAUAAAAAAAUUCUGCUUCUUUAAUCUUCCCUUUCUCUUAGGGAAUGUGCCUUGUCUCUUUAAUAUAUAUCUAUAUCUAUGAAUGACUUCUCAGUUAUAUCAGGAGGUGAUCUUUUUCUCCUUUUAAUAAAACAAGUCUAUAAAACACUAGGUUUUUUAAAGUGAUAUUUAAAGCGGAUAAUGCUGUUAUGGAAAACUUUCUCUGACGUUUUACUAUGGCCCAAGGACAAUGGCAUUUAUCAGAGCACAUGAAAUGAGAAGUUGGCAGAGUUUUUAACAUGUUCUUUGUUUGUUUUGGUCUAUGGGUUGUUGGACAGUUGAGGUUUAAUAAUGUGUUAAUGCCACUGGGGUUCCUUAUGUUUUUGUGGUUGUUGUUUUUUGAAAAAUCAGCUAAUAAAAUUGUUCAGAUUGUGUUCAAUACAUAAUCAACUAGUAAACCUAUAACAAUCUUGUAUGAGAAAAGUUGAAGAGUUGAAUUGACACAAGGGCAGAUUGUUUUUUAAAGGGUCUGUUAUGCCAAUAAAAUAUUUAUUUUGCCUACA